AUGGGCCGCCAUGUAACCCUCUGGUCAGCCGCAUUUUUGGCCACCGGCGGCUUCCUCUUCGGCUUUGACUCGGGCAUCAUCACCUCCACGAUCGCCCUCCAGACCUUCAAAUCCUACUUUAAUCCCUCCGAUACCCUCGCCGCGGGCAUCGUCUCCUCCUUCCAGGGCGGCGCCAUCCUCGGCACCAUCAUCAACAUGAUCUGCUCCGACUGGCUCGGCCGUCGAAACACAGUCUUCCUCGGCUCGCUCAUCUCCAUCGUGGGCUCCGCGCUGCAGGCCGGUUCCGAGAACCUCGUCGCUCUCAUAGUCGGCCGGUUUGUCGGCGGCACCGCCGUCGGCGUGCUGACAUCCACGAUCCCCAUGUACGCAUCAGAGCUCGCCCAGGCCCGUCAUCGCGGUAAGCUGUCGGGUCUACUGCAGUGGAUGCUUAGCUGGGGGUUCUUGGUUGCCCAGUGGUUGGGAUAUGGGUGCUCGUUCGUCACGAAUGACUUUUCAUGGCGAUUUCCGCUGGCAUUUCAGUGUAUCCCUGGCGUAGUCAUCGCGACGGGAAUCUACUUCCUCGAAGAAUCACCGCGUUGGCUCGUCGAAAAGGGCCGCUAUGCCGAGGCCCGGAGGAGCUUGGACAAGCUCCGCGUCGGCGUCGACGAGAAGGUCAUUGACGUCGAGUACAACGAGAUCCGCCACGCCGUCCGAACCCAGUCCGCUCUGCGGGAGAACGGCAAUCUCUGGAAAGCCAUCAUCACAAAGCCGUCCUGGCGUAAACGCCUGCUGCUCGGCUGCGGCGUCCAAGCCUUUUCCCCGCUCUCUGGUGUUAAUGUGAUCAACUAUUUCGGACCUCGCAUCUACGAACUGCUAGGAAUCGGGACCCAAACUUCGCUAAUGAUCAUUGGAAUCAAUGGCGCCCUCGGGAUUAUAUACAAUACUGUCGGUCUCUGGAUGCUGGAUCGCAUUGGUCGUGUAAGACCGUUGAUUGCUUCGGCCGUCGGAUUGGCGGCUGCACUUUUGGUCAAUGCUGUUCAAUUCCAAUAUCUAGAUCGGUCGAAUGCGGAUCAACUACGCAGCAUGGUCGCCAUGAACUUUGUAUUUGGCUUCUUCUUCACACCCCUCGGUAUCAUAAGCUGGGUCUAUCCGGCCGAAAUCUUCCCCUUGGAGAUUAGAGCUCUCGGUAACGCGCUUACGACCUUUACCAACUGGACCAUCAACCUCAUCCUCGUCUCCUUUUCGCCGCAAGCCCUCACGGCAGUCGGGUUUAAAUUCUUCUACGUCUUCUUCGCCUUCAACGUCAUGGCGGCGCUUUGUUACUAUUUCUUCUAUCCCGAGACGUCGGGCCGCACGCUCGAGCAGAUGGACGAGCUGUUUGGCGAUUAUGUGCCAAUGUCUGAGCAGAGUGCUCUGGGAACUGUUAUAUCGGGAUCUGACAAUGGAAGAGCAAGAGGCGGAAAAUAUGGCUCGUUUUCCGUUCACGAGCGCGUUUCUUCGACUGGGGUAUAA